AUGAACCGGAUUAAGAACACAAUCGCUGUCGCUAAGAGGUUGAAACUAAGCAGUAUUAUGACCAACUCAGAAUUACCAAGCAUUUUCAAUGGCACCGUUGAUCUGGGGAUUAUCGGUGGCACAGGUCUAUAUAACCUGGACUGUCUAGAGCCCAUCGCAUUGCUGCCACCCAUGGUGACACCCUGGGGUAUUACAUCGUCUCCAGUCACGAUUUCACAGUUUGUUGGUACCAACAGCCAUUUCCACGUUGCCUUUAUCGCCAGACAUGGUGUCAACCACGAAUAUCCACCCACUAGAGUUCCAUUCAGGGCCAACAUGGCUGCGUUGAAGAACCUAAACUGUAAAGCCGUGCUUUCAUUCAGUGCCGUGGGGUCGUUGCAGGCCCACAUCAAGCCCAGGGAUUUUGUUUUGCCGCAACAAAUAAUUGACAGAACCAAGGGCAUAAGACACUCAUCGUACCUCAACGACGAAGGCUUGGUGGGCCAUGUUGGAUUCGGACAACCAUUUUCUGAGAAAUUUGCAGAGUACAUCUACCAGUUCAAGGAUGCGAUAACAAACCCCGAAUCCGAGGAGCCAUGCCACUUGCACUACGACAAAGACAUGACCGUAGUCUGCAUGGAAGGCCCACAAUUUUCCACGCGUGCUGAGUCCAAGAUGUACAGGAUGUUUGGUGGUCAUGUUAUUAACAUGAGUGUUAUCCCUGAAGCAAAACUAGCCCGUGAGUGUGAACUGCCUUACCAGAUGGUUUGCAUGUCUACCGAUUAUGACGCAUGGAGAGAUGAGGCAGAGCCUGUCACCGUGGAAACCGUUAUUGGUAACUUGACUAACAACGGGCGUAAUGCGAACCUCUUGGCCUCCAAGAUCAUUGUGUCCAUGGCCAAGGAAAUACCAGAGUUCAUGCACAGCGGCGAUGGGCUACGCGGUUCCAUCAAGAAAUCUAUCUCCACCAAACCGGAAGCCAUGUCCAAGGACACGCUAGAGAAAUUGAGAUACUUAUUUCCUGAUUAUUGGUAG